AAUAAAUUGACGCUUUAGGCGUUUUAGGCGAAUAAGUGUCGGCUAUUGGGUUUUUGCGCUGGCCUCAAAAGCACUUUCCCGAAAAGCGCUUUCUCCAGGAAAACAGUUCUAGCCUGUAAACUCUCACCGUCGUUUCCACCACCUACCGUGGCUAGAAUCAACUGGAGAUUCUUCUUUUACACUUAAAAUCCAAUGCACUGAACUGUGUUUGCCUCACAUUCUCUCGCAAACUGUUCCAUCUUGAGAUUUCUUUUCUCUCGCAGGUAGACUAAGUGAUUCUAGCAUAAUAAGCACUGUGGCUUUUCUUUAAUCUCUCUGUUAUUAUGGUUAUCAUGCAAGUUCGUUGAAAUGUCUUUCUGGAAAUUGGAAGGAUGAUACUGUGAUGUUAGAUCCAAAAUUGAGCAAAUGGUUGAAUCUAUUAGCUUGUUUGUUGUUGUUUGUUUCCAAGAUAGAAGGUCUUUAUGUGGGAAUUACUUAUGUUAGGAAUGCGGUCGCUAAAGGAGCUGUUUGUUUGGAUGGAAGCCCUCCAGCUUACCAUUUAGAUAAGGGGUUUGGUACAGGCAUUAAUAAUUGGUUGGUUCACUUUGAGGGAGGAGGGUGGUGCAACAAUGUGACAACCUGCCUUUCCCGCAAGAAUACUCGUUUAGGUUCAUCUAAGCAAAUGGCAACUCAAAUUGCUUUCUCUGGGAUUUUGAACAACAGAAGACAAUUUAAUCCAGAUUUCUACAACUGGAAUAGAGUUAAGAUCAGAUAUUGUGAUGGCUCAUCCUUUACUGGUGAUGUGCAAAAAGUUAAUCCUGCUACUAACCUUCACUUCAGAGGAGCAAGGAUUUGGCUUGCUGUCGUUGAGGAUCUUCUAGCUAAAGGAAUGAAAAAUGCUGAAAAUGCUCUUCUUUCCGGUUGCUCAGCUGGUGGACUGGCUUCCAUUUUGCACUGUGAUAGCUUCCAAGCUCUCUUACCUAUGGGUACUAAUGUAAAAUGUCUUUCAGAUGCUGGUUAUUUUAUCAAUGUAAGGGACGUUUCUGGAGCACCACACAUACAAAACUACUUCAAUGAAGUUGUUUCACUGCAUGGAUCAGCUAAAAAUUUGCCUCUUUCCUGUACUUCAAGAUUGAAACCUGCAUUGUGUUUCUUCCCACAAUAUGUGGUGCAGCAAAUACGGACCCCUCUUUUUAUUCUAAAUGCAGCAUAUGAUUCAUGGCAGAUAAAGAAUAUUCUGGCACCUGGGGUUGCUGAUCCUCAUGGCGCUUGGAAAGGCUGCAAGCUUGACAUAAGCAAUUGUUCUCUUCUUCAACUCAAAACCAUGCAAGAUUUUAGGUUGCAGUUCUUGAAUGCAUUGUAUAGAUCAACCACCUCUUCUUCCCGAGGAUUGUAUAUAGACUCUUGCUACAUCCAUUGCCAAAGUGAAACACAGGAGACGUGGUUCAUGGCUGACUCUCCAGUUCUCGGCAGAAGUAAAAUUGCAAAGGCAGUUGGAGAUUGGUUUUAUGACAGGAUUUCGGUCCAGAAGAUAGAUUGUGCCUACCCUUGCAAUCCGACCUGUCCCAUCACCGGUUUAACCCCACAAGAUCACCCAGAAAAGGGACCGCGAAAAGGAAGAGCAGCAAGAACAGAAAAUUUGAGUUUAGUAAGGAAGGUUAUAUGUUGGUUACUAGCACUACAAAUGGGAUUGGUCUGGACAUGAAAAUCAGAGAAUGAAAAGUUGGAAUAUGAAAAGCCUCUUUUUCUUUAAUUAGAUGCAUACAUGAUUGAAUUAUAUCUUUACACUCUGUUUCAGAAGAAUUGAAGGUUAGUGCUAUUCUAUUCAUAUGAUUUCACAGACUGCAUAAUUUUAGCUUACAAAUCAUGUGUAAAUAACAGCAGUAAAUUUUACACUUA